CAAUUCCAUCCUCUAAAUGCCUUCACUUUACUUUCUUCAAAAUCCCUAGAAGUACCUUUGGAAAUAUCGCCCAAUUAACCAUGGGUCUUUUCUCUUGGUUCACUAGCGACUCCAAACCACAAACCGUAACCGUACCAAAGCCAAACGAGACCCCAAAACCCGUCCCAGGAAUGAACGGAGCCGUUGAAGUGCCCCGUCCGGAGAGUGUUACGGUGUUCGAAUUCGGAUCCGUAGCUGCUACUGCAGAUAAGGUUACUUUAGCCGGAUUCUGCCCUGUGUCUGACGAUCUCGAACCUUGUCGCUGGGAAAUUCUGCCUGCGAAUGGAUCCGAUGCUCCUCAGUUUCGCGUCGUCUUUUGAUAAUUGAAUAAUGAAAAAUCGAGUGUAAGUCGGUAGAAAAUUUGAUUAUUUGGAGGUUGAAUGACUUUUUUUUUAGUUCUUGUACUUUAACUUAAUGGAAACCUCGUUAUUCUUA